AAAAAAACAUCACUCAUCUCAUUUCCAGCUUGAAUCUCGUUCAAUUCAUAAACACGUACAAUUUCAAUUAAUCAAGCUCAUCAUAUUCUUUAUUUCAUUAUCGUAUUGAUGGAUGCAGCAGCAUCAGAUAAACAUAUGUCCAUUCAGGUAUCCCAGUUUCUUGUUUCAUUCAAAAACCAGCAGAACAACAACAUUAGUGUAGCUCAUUUAACUCCAAUGGGUGCAGUUUCUGAAAACGGCUUCCCAAUAAUUGGCGUCGCGAUGUUAGGAAUCAUGGCUAUAGGAUUCGUGCUAGUCAGUUACUACAUCUUUGUAACAAAAUGCUGCAUCAACUGGCAACAGUUUGAUCCUUUAAGACGCUUCUUCAAUACGCGUCCACGCCAAUAUGAAGACCCUUUAAUGGCUUAUACACCAUCAAGAGAAAGCAGAGGACUUGAUGAAUUGGUAAUAAGAGAAAUUCCAACUUUUCCAUACAGCAAAAACAGAGUUGGUGAAAGAAGUUUUAGAAGAUGUGUUGUUUGUUUGAAUGAAUUUAAAGAAGAUGAAAUGCUUAGACUUCUUCCAAAAUGUAGCCAUGCUUUCCAUUUAGAUUGCAUUGAUAUUUGGCUUCAAAACAAUGCUAGUUGCCCUCUUUGUAGAACUAGCAUUUCAGGUACAACAACUAAACAUCCGAUUGAUAUGAUUGUCGCGCCAAAUUCAUCCCCUCAAGAUCCUCAUAUUCCGCUUCUGAGAAGAAGAAGUGAAAUGUUAGGAAGUGAGGAAGAUUUCGUAGUUAUUGAAUUGAGUGGUGAACUUGGAACAGAGGCGCAAAAUAGAAGUAACUCUAUUAGCACAAGUACUGACUCGUCGAGUAAAUUUGAACAGAGGAUUGGUAAGUCGGAGAAAGAACAAACAAGGAAGUAUUCAAUGAUGGGAGAUGAAUGUAUAAAUGUAAGAGAUAAAGAUGCUCUGUUUUCAGUUGAGCCAAUAAGAAGAUCGUUUUCCAUGGAUUCAGCAGCAGAUCGACAUGUUUACUUAUCAGUGCAACAGAUGAUACGUCAUAAUAGGCAGAUGAUCAGUGAGAUGAGAAACAAUGGGGAAAGUAGUAGCAGAUCGAUUCGAAAAUCGAUCUUUUCAUUUGGACAUAGAAGAUCCAAGACAUCAGUUUUACCUUUUGAAUCUUAAAUUUUGAUCUUUGAAUCUGUUUUUUGUUUGUUCAUUCUUUGUUGCAACUUUACACAAAUAUUAACAUGGUUUUAGACUUAGGUAUAGAAUCAAUAUUUGAUAGUUUACCUAUUGUAACUGACCGUCACGUCCACAAAGUUC